UUACUUAUAUAUUUCUGCAAAAUAUUUACUAAGUCAAGAUUAUAUGUUUAAACCACUACAGAUGUCAGGAUGUCGAGCUGGAUCUACUUGUUUCUAAAUUAUUUGAAGAGAAUGGGUUGUAUUUUACUCCGACCUAGUCUAGUAGUAGAGGGGCAGAAGUACAAGGUUCGCAGACAACUAGCGGAGGGAGGGUUUAGUACAAUUGACCUGGCGGAGAAUACCAGGAAUGGGAAACUAGUGGCGAUUAAACGGAUUACUUGCCACUCAAUUCAAGAUCAAAAUCUGGGGAAAUUUGAGAUAGAAGUUCACAGAAAAUUUCAACAUGAAAAUAUUAUUCGUUUAAUAGGUGCUAGUAUUGAAGGAGACGCAGAUAUUAUUCAUAAUAUAACCAGCGAGAUAAUCUUGGUCCUUCCCUACUAUGAGAGAGGUUCUCUGCAGGACGAACUGGAGAAAAGAUGUUUGAAAGAAAACCAUCUCGAGGAGACGGUUUUACUCCGGUUGUUUCAUUGUAUUUGCUCUGCAGUCCGGAGGUUUCACUCUCACGACCCUCCGUAUGCUCAUAGAGAUAUCAAACCUCAUAAUAUCUUACUAGAGAAGGAUUUUACUCCAAUACUCAUGGACCUAGGAUCUGUUGCUCCUGCUAGAAUAACAAUCAGGAGUAACCGGGACGCCCAGUUUCUGCAGGAUACGGCAGCAGAGAGGUGUUCUAUGACGUACAGACCUCCGGAGCUAUUCAUGGUUCCAUCUUCAUUUGAUAUCACAGAGAAAACAGAUAUCUGGUCGCUGGGAUGUCUUCUCUAUUCUUUAAUGUACUUUAAAUCACCGUUUGACAGCGUAUAUGAGAGAGGAGACAGCGUGGCGCUAGCUGUGCAGAGCGGAGAUAUAUCCUUCCCAACCUUGAAGAAACCUUACUCCGACCCCGUCCAACAACUGGUUAGGAAAAUGAUGAAUCUUGAUAUGAGUUUCAGGCCUUCCAUUGAUGGUGUGAUUGAGGAAACAGAAAAUAUUUUGAGUUCUGAGCAAUCUAAUCAAACCGUUGCAGUUCAAAUCAAAUAAUCCAAUCUUGAUAGUUCAGAUCAAUAAUCCAAUCUUGGUAGUUCAGAUCAAAUAAUACAAUCCUUGAUAGUUCAGAUCAAAUAAUCCAAUCUUGAUAGUUCAGAUUAAAUAAUACAAUCUUGAUAGUUCA